AUGUGUCUUCAACCGACGCAGCCUAUUCCAGGCUGUGAGAUAGUCGGGUCCGCGGGAACUGAGAAAGCGCGAACCGACGAAGCAAACACGUUUGUUUCACUUGUAGAUUACAAAUACGUCAUUUUCUUCAUUUUCAGGGAUAGUACAGCGAACAAAGUCGCGCAAGCUUGCGUGAAAAUCGCUUAACGCUCGUUUGAUGGAGAGAAAAAUAAGCAAGCUAAGCAAGGGUGCGGUUCAUUUGGGCUUAAGAUUCCUGUCUCCGUUAUAGGUAGGCUGCGUAGCAGGUGCUUCGAAGUAAUAUGCGAGAAUUUGGAAAAAAGGGGCCAGCAACGGAGAUAAUAGGGCCAUUUAUACCAGGAAAAAUAAGACGCGAACUUUCCGUAUAAACGGCACAUUUCGUCUAAAAUAAGACGCGGCUUAGCUAAGACGCGUCUUAUUAGAGAAGACAUGCUCGUAUAAAUGGUACAGUUCGCGUCUUAUCUAAGACGCGUCUUAUUUUUCCUUGUAUAAAUGGCCCUAAUGUUACAGAACGUAACAAUUUAUUCAUUCAGUAUAACUUGGCACAAUUUCGUUCGAGUCAUCUGAAUAAUGUUAAGUUCUAAUUACGAUAAUAAAGUUUGUGUUUACGCCAGAUAGUCUAUUUUAACGCUAGAGGCCCGGUGGUUCUAACUUAGGAAUAUUUUAAUCUUUUUAAAUAAUGCUGUGCAUAAUUCACUUUUUCAGAUCUUGUGAUGUAUAAUUCAUUUUUCAUUUUGUUUUAUAUUAUUUUCAUUUUGAGUCAUUUUGAGCCUCUGGCUCGGAUGAUUGAGCAACCACUUCUUGCUCUUCGACAUUGAGUAAAUUACCUUUUUCUCUUUCUCUAGUAAUUUCAGGAAAGACUGGGGAAGAGAAAACCAAAUUUUGAUCGAUUCUGAGAAAGUUUCUUCACCCGGAGUACAAAUUUGCGUUCCACUUGCCUUGUCUUUGCGGUCAGAUUGCAGGGGCACCCAACGACUGUUUUCUGUAAAAUAUCUGUUCGGAGAGCACGAUUGCCAAGAAUUUUCUAUUGCUUGAAUACGGCUAAAAAUUUCUAGAUGAGCGUUCCAUUCAGGUACAAUUUUUCGAAGCUUAUCUGAAAAAUUUCCUACGAUUUUCUGUAGUUUAAUUAGUCAUGUUUUACUCCUCAUGUUAGACCAAUUUUCGUAGAAAAAGAAAACCCGAAAUUUUUGGAUUCCAAAAAGUGAUGGAGAGAGGAGUAAGAAAAAUUCUCACUUUCGUAAAACGUUCAACUGCAUCUAAAUUUUCGGAAAAAUAUCACUGAAGCCCUUAUAAUUUCGAAAAGCCUCAAGUUCCCUUAUGAUGACCGAACAAAUACAAAUUUUAUAGCGCCGCUUAGAAUGCAUUUCUAGAAAUCUAAGAGUACUCUAUGUAGCCUAAAAAGUGUUUUUAAGUAUUCAGGAGGAAACCGUCGUUGGUUGUCCCUGAGAUUGGAUUAAAGGGAUCGGAGUUCAUAUUUUACCGAACCAGGUUAUAUCUGCAUCAUUUGUUCUCGUUUCGAAAUCCACGGAAUUUCUGAUCAAUUGCUCAUCGUGCUUUUAAAACAAAUCGCGUUUCUAUGACAUUUUAACCGCGGUAGGAUUUGCUCAGUCAGUAGAGCGCUUGACUGAAGAGCGGGUGGUAAUGGACUCGAUUCAUGGGGCCGGACCAAUACUCAGCGUCUGAAAAUAUCUGAGAAAUGAAGGCACUGCCUUUUGGCCCUGUAAACGGCCAGACCCUCGCGUGGUUCGGAUGACCACGUAAAAUGGCGGUUCCGUCUCCAGUAGGAGACGUUUAAAUUGUGUCCCCAAUUAGUACUUUCGUGCUGAAUAUACAUUGACACUCAAAUAAAGUGCGUUUUUUUUAAAAUUUCUUUUUAGAUUUCUGUUUGAUUAGAAAAGGGCGGGAAUUUCUUAAUCCAUUGACAGAGUAGGAAUAAACUACGGCAAUGCAAAUGUUGGUGCCUUUGUGUAACUUCUUUUAAAGUUUUUUGAGUUUGAAAUACUGGUUGUACAUGCUACUAUGUACAAGUUGCUUUGCUUGUCUUGGUGUAUCAGCUUUGUAUAUGCACACUUCUCCCGUUAUAUGGGCGUAAUAUUACAAUUUUCGAUUGAAUGGGAAAAUGCAGAUGAUUGCCCUGUCAGGGAGCAGUGAAAAUCAAAAUAUCAAGGUCAACCAACUCAAGUUUCAUGCAUUGAAACUAGUACAGGACAGGCUUAAUCGACUCUUGCAUUGAGUGCCUCGAUGGGCCAAUGAUCUUCCCCACAGUACGUGUAUAAGGCUGGACGCACGCGGUUUAAUGGAUAAUUAAAUACUAAUCACAGUCAAAUUAAACAGUUACACUGAAUUCAAAGUUUGAAAAAUUGAUAACGUUUUGUCAGCAAUGCAGCUCACCCGGCAAUUAGCAACCCUCAAAAGGCUUUGUUUUUCUAUAAAAUUAUCAACUCCGGACUUUCACUGUAAAUUGUUCUUGCCCCGCAAAUUUUGACGAGCUCUUGUUUGUUUUGUUAACUCGAGGAACGACCCAACUCGAGCGCCCAGCCGUUCGUUGGCAGGGGCGUAGCCCGGUUCGCCAGUACUCACGUGCGUACCUGCGCGCAGGCAAAGGUGUCGAAACUUAUUUUCAGUACAGAAGCCAAGCAACAAUGAAAUGAGCAACUUUUCCUGUGAAAGCAGUAAAUUCUGCCUAAAGAACAUGAUUCUAAGACCAAGAAAGAUGAUUGCCUCACCUAACUGAACACCGGCCUAUACUGAACGCGCGAAAAGAUUUUGGGAAACGAGAAAGGGUCGAUUCGGAAAACUGUGCAUACCUCUGGAAAAAUUCUAGCUUUGUUUUGGAUAAGUAGGCACUCAUGGGAGAUGAUCGCUUACGAGAGGUGAUCGCACAUGGAGAUGUGACUGUCGAGAUUUGCAGGUAAAGAGCAUAUCCCUAAUCACCCAUACCGUACCAGAACUGCCGCUUAUAAACCAUGGGCUUAUACAAGUUCGUAAGGGAUUUUGGGUGGGCUUAUAAACGGGGGCGGGGGCUUAUAUCCGGAUGGGCUUAUAAGCGGACGUAAAACAACGUUUCGAAAUGAGCAACAGCACUGUUAAUCGACGUAUGAUUUAAAUUUAUUACUCUUACAAUAAUUAUUGAAGCCUUAAAAAGGCAGCAAUAAAUCAAAUUCAGUUAAAUUUCAAAACAAAUCAAAACUGUGACAACACGAACGUAACUGGCACCCAACAAAACGGAGGUUCAGGGAGAGCUCAUCCCCGCCGUCAUUAGUUAAAGUUUUAAUGUCUAGUUCACAGUAAUAGUAUUCUCUGAGAGUGCUUAAUAUUAAUAAAACAAGAAAAACUGGAGGGGGGUUAUAUCCCGAUGGGCUUAUCAUCGGAUGUAUUUUUUUUGUUUGCAUGUAGGUGGGCCUAUAACCGGGGGGGAGGGCGGGGGCUUAUAAGCGGAUGGGCUUAUAAGCGGCAGUUUACGGUGUCCAGUUUAAACAAACCGACCUCUUAAGCUCGUACGUUUCAUUUUUCGUAUUGAGGCAUCAAGGGAAUUUAGCCUUAGCCCAGGGAUUUUAAUUUAGUAUUGUUUAGCAAAAUAGGCCAUUUCUGAGUUCCCCCGACCCUCUCCAUCAAAAGGUGGUUAAGCGCCGAGCUUUUGAUAUGGAAAUGAUUAUUCAUUCUCAUACAAAUAAAGCUCAUUUUCACAAGAAAGAUUGUGCACUUGACCUCAUUUUGAAAGUGAGGGUAUUUGCAAUAUAAGAAGUGGCCUAUUCAACUGAACCAGGUCUGGUGUCGAUAGUGACUGAUCUGUAGGUUCCGUGCGCAAUGCAUGAUUUCCAGGAUCAAUGUCCGAAAAUGUAUUCUUUUUCAACACUGCUUCGUGCAGCAUUUUCUUGGUAUAUAGAAAAAAUGACUACAUUUUUUCAGAUGACUUAGCAAUCAAGCAGUGAAACCUGUGUCAGCGGAUCGCACCCGCUGGCCAUCAGCUACUGAGUACCCGCUUUUUACUGAAGAAAUACAGAUUUGAUGCACAAAAGAAUGAAGGAAAAUAUAGUAACUGAGGCAUAUAUAUAUAGUGGGCUUAUCGAGGCUGAUAUUCGCUUUAUUCAAUACAGGUUUCGUUGUAUAUGAAAACAUCGUAACAAAAAACAUCCCGAAAAACUUUAUAUUAUUUUUAAAUGCAAUCUGAUGACGACAAAGAGUACGGUAAUCUGUAAGCUGGCAAGUGAUUGCUCCAGAACUGAAUAGUACUUUUAAUAUACGAUAUGACCUAUCGCUUCGAGGCAAUUAGUAUAGAUCCCAGUUUAGGUUGAUUGUCAAAUGCCAAAGUAUGCUUGCUACAGUGACCUAAUUAUAACAAGCUAGCGGUCUGGGGCCUCAUUAAAUCUCGCCUAGGACAGCUAUUGGACCAAUCACGUUACAAAAGAUUCUCUCUAUUAUAUCGCGGUUAAUCUGUUAUUCUUCUUCACAAUAUCUCGCAUCUGCUAUCAAUAUUUAAAACCUCAUUUAUCAAGGGUUCCAACAUUGUCCAAAUACAUCAGUUUUGUAAAUUAAGCUCCGGUACUUUUGAUUAACGACCUGGCAUUGAGGGAAGUCUUAUUUCGAGCAGUUUAUUUCUCCUUCAUUUUUGCGACAGGUAUUGGUUCAGUUCUUGUUACAUAGCUAUAAGAAGUUAUAUUGAUCUAAAAGUCUUAACUGACAAAAAAUGAGUACAACUUAAUUACUUUCGGAAACUUUGUUACAAAGUUUUCGGUUGUAAUGCAUGAGAUAAAUAAUAUAACGAUAGCGUUAGUUUUUGACAAAAAUUGAAUCAGCCGCUAGACCUUUAUGGAACAGACUUGAUAGACUUGACACUUUUAAAAAGUUAUCCAACUCUGUAUUUUCAUUCACCUUGUGUAAUCAUGAAAUUAUCCUUGUUUUUGUAAUACCUUUUAAAGUUGUAGCUGUUUUAGAGUAAGUUCUCCUUUACUUAUGCUGUUAGGGAUUUUUUAAUACUGAAUUACGCACAUUAAAUUUUCUGAGUUUUCGUACAGAGAAAACAGUUCACAUUGAAAAAACUGAUUGAUAGUGCUUGCGCCGUCUAGGGUUUUUCGGCUUAUAUUAUCUUUUAAAAAAAACGUUUUCCCUUUUUAAAAUGUUUCCCUAUCAGUUCCGUAGCCAGACGCAAAUUUCUCAUUCCAAGGCAACAUCAGCCAUGUUUCAUUGUAAAGCACACACAAGAAACUUAAAACAUUGAAACUAUCUCAAUACUGACUAGAGACCUGCUUAUAACAGUCUCAUUCUUUGCGCUUCAGACAGAAAAGAAAUGUAAAAAGUUAUCAGCCUUCCUUUUAGAAAAGAAGAUGGACAAGGAAGUAUAAUUAUAAUUAAGAGGCGACAGGAAGCGUUUUAAUGUAAAAAUAUCAGGCUAUUAAAUAAUGCAUGCAUCACUAAAACCAUGGGAAUGUUUAGUUGAGUUGUAGAGGCAAAAAACAAUUGAAGCCUUUACUGAACAAUAAAUUAUGAAUUAUGCUGAGGUUUUUCAUUAUUAAGGGUAAUUUAAAUUAUGACCAAUGACAACAAUUACAGAUAAAAACAGCGAGCAAAAUAGAAUUACAGAGACCUGAGCAGGUGCUUAUGAUAUUCUUGGACAAAAAAGUGUAUAUGUUAAUUAGUUUAGGGCCUGCACUUGUAUAAUCAUCUGAAAAAUACAAAUACUGCGUUUUUAACAACGGAUAGUUCAUAGCUCGAAUACAUCGUAUAUAUAAUAGAAUAUAUAGGUCAUACAGAUCAUUGAGGACUAAAACUAUAGAAGACUGGCUCUUUGACGUUGUCCAUGUAAAAAGAAGAAAAAAAUAAGCAGCUGUUGUAGAGCCUAGUCCUCAAGAACCGAGUUUUUUUCCUUAGCGAAAAUAUUGGACACCCGCAACGACUGGUGAAAAAUAAGACUGCGUACAGUCUGGAGUUCUUGGCCUCAUGAGCGACGUAAAAGACCUUUUCAGCUUGUAGGGUUGAUUUUCCAAAUUCAUACCACGUAAUGUUCUAAAGGGAUUGGCUUCUUUGCCUUUUUGCAGUUGAAAGAAACAGUUCUCUAGGUAACAUCACUUGGUCUGCAACACAAAACAUACAUUCCGAGCUGAAAAGGUCUGUUCUUUACACGACUCAAAGUCCCCAUCUUUGCAUUGUGCUAGGAGCCAUAAUUGGGGGAGGAGACCGUAACUGGGUACCUUUUCCAGUUAUGGGUUUGGUUCCAUCGAAAUAGCCAAAUGUGCUAUUUUUAGCACAAAUUGUGCCUUCUCGUGUGACACGCGCGAGCAUUGUUUGCAAGGGCGUCGCGCAAAGGAUAAACAAACACAACGGUGUCUGAAAAUACGGUAGGAGAUAAAUAAAUUCUAUUUCUGUCGUCAUUGCCUCGUCUGAAUUUCCUGGAAGACCUUGGGGAGAACCUAUUUGACAAUAACGCUAAAUUUGAGGACUGUGAAUGUGGUUCUGCAACUUCUGCUUGUGUUAAUCACCGUGGUGAGAGUGUUUUUGACGAAAGUGAGGACGGAAGAGAUGCUGGAGAAGUUGUACAAAGAAAAUCCCGUUGGGACGGAGCAAAAACUAUACUGGCGAGGAAAAGGAGAACAACAACAAAUAAUUAAUGGCUAAUGUCUCUCAAUAUAAAUACAGCUCUACCAGCUCCAAAUAGUGUCUACAGGCAGUAUUUUAGGGAAACAAUACUUCAAUGUAAUCGAAUUUUCCACUUAAUAUUAUCUUUAGUUGUCGUGGCAGUGUGGCACAGUGGUCUAGUAGCCGACCUUCCGUGCCGAUGGUCUAGGUUUGACCCUCAGCUUAGCUCCUUUUUUCUUUGCUGUAUAAUUAACAGUUAAUGAAUGAGGCUGAUUAUCUUAUAAGAAGAAUUAUGGAGAUCGCGGAGGGUGUUGCGGCCUCGACGGAUAACACCCUCCGAGAUCUCCAUAAUUCUUCAUAUGAUACGAAAGCCGAAUUCAAUAACUGUUUUAUUAUUCAUUCAAACUAAUUCCUAGUUUAAAAACAUAGCUAAAACAUGCUUACCUCCAUCGAUCCAUCGAUGUUCAGUUCAUCUUCGAUAGUGUACGUUUAGGUUUGUCCAGCUCCGCAAAUAUUCUCCAAAUAGCAGAUGUCGCCCUUCGAGUUGUCUUCUUGCUGUUCUUGCCAUGUUUUUAGCUAUUUUUUCGCCUAGUUCUUACUCUUGAAACGAGUGAAAUGUCCGCCAUUUUUUCAAGUUCACAACCAAAACAAUUCAACCUCGUCCCCAGGUCUUCUCGGUUAACGGUGCCUUAACCUGCGAAAACGCUGCAUUUUUGACGUCAUUUCCUCGUUAAAGUCAAGAUUCUUCCAAAUUUGGUCAUCAGUCACCGGUUAUGGUGAAUUAAACGUGUGCUUUUAGCCAAUCAGAAUCGGGGAAAUAUUUUGAAUGAAUAAUAAUGGUUUUAAUGGUUUUUUUAAAGCGGUUUUAUCAUAUUUUUCCUCUUUUCUUGUUUCCUUUUAUUCUUUCUGCUGGCCAUGGCCCAUUACAGCUUCGGUUUUUUUUAACAAUAAACGCAUACCUAGUAAUGUUUGUAUAACAUUGGUUAAUUCUUCCUUUUUGCAUGCAUUGCCUAACGAGAUUGCGGUUUCCUAUCCCGAUUAUGGCUCCGGGUAGUGCCUUGAUACAAACUACUUCGCAUUCGACUAUUUUAUUCCUGUCAGAAUUUUGAAUGAGUUAGAUAAUGAGAUAAUUUUCUCUGUUUGUGAAAACAGUUUACAGAUCCGAAGCUGCAUCAAGUGAGCACUCUACCAGAGAGAAACGCGCAGCCGGCUCUGAUCAGGUGAAAAAUGAGGUAAUGUAGCGUUAACGAUUACAAUAACUAUGACAGUAACUGUAAUCUGAUAUUGAAAUUUAGUAUAUAUGUUCUGAUCAAAUUUUAAUACUGACUUAAAUCUUAUUUUCCUUUUUUUCUUUGGUAUGUUUAUGUAUGGUAAUGAGUUUGAAACAAUGGGAAAUAACCAAGGAUAGAAUUGAACUACAAGAGAUACACACUCAGGGAUCUUGGUGAUUCAAGUAAUCUGAUUGGUUCGCUACAUCGGACCUUGACGUAAUAUUUAUCGGCGAAUAGUGGCCUUAGGAGCACUUAUUACCCCGAUUGCAAAGAAAAAUUGUUCAAUUUGAAAUGAAUCAUAUUUUAAACUGGGGAUAUAGAUAUAACACAAUGGCCUGCUUUACCAAAGUUAUAUUUGGACCAAUUUAACGUAUGAAAUUAAUUGAAAGUUUGUUUCUGGAGAGGUUCCACAAACUUAUAUUCAUUGUUGUUAAGAGAGAAUAAUGGAAUAUUAUUUUUCCGGCCAAAGUCCUAAGAUUUCCACUCUGUCUUAUCAUUCUUUCUUGUUACAAUUUAUAAUAAUGUUGAUGAUGAUACAACCUCGUUCCCAGGGUUCUCUCCUACUCGUCUCCGAAGGGACGUGUACUGUAGUGAACCCUCGGAACGAAGUUGAUGAUGAUGUUGGUAAUGAUAAAAAAUGUCAUGAUUAUGUACGAUAAUGAUAAUUUUUUUUUAAGUAAACGCGUCUACCGUAAGGUGUCAUGCUUUUGACCUCUAAGUCUUUUCCUUGCGCAAAGUUUUUAUUUCUCCCUGCCAAUACCCAAAUACGAUAAACACUGUGUGGUAGGAAAUUUUUGCGGGUUCUAAGUUUUGCGAUUUUUCCAGCGAUCGGCAAAAACAAGUUCCGCAAAUAAAAAUUACUGCAAACAUUUUUUUCCGCAAGAAUUUACUCCAGAGUAAAUAUUCUCUAACUUAAAUUCGCUACACAAAAAAUACAGCACUAAGAAAUCGUGUGUGUUCAAUUACAACGUGCGUCUUUUAUUCAGAAACAAAACGGUAUACAAUGAAUUACUUGUUUAAUCAUACUUUGGGUACGUAGUAUGUUUGAAAAUAUGUAUUUCUAUUGCACGUACUUAAUAAAAACGAAAAUGUUAUCAAUGCUAUGUACUCUGUACUUUCUGAAAAUCGCAAAAAUUAGUUCCCGCAAACACAAAAUUCGCCAAUCUGCAAAAAUAGAAUUUCGUGCCACAAGGUAUUACAGAACUGUCAUAUGCGCUGUUUUUAUUCCACAGACCGGGAUCCCUAUUCUCUCUAUGGCAAUUAACUUCGUCAAUGUAUCAGAUUACCUGAGGCAUAGGUAAGGAUUCAAAGCACAAUAAAAUUUUAUUUUGAUAUACAUUUCCAAAUGAAUGCCGUGCGUUGUUAACCAAGCGGCAGGUAAAAUAUGCCUGGAUACUGGCCUAAAUUUUCAUCUUUAAAAAUCUUUUCACCUGUUUGAGUGUACAGUCAUUCCUUAGAAUGUAUUUGUUUCAAGAUUUGAAAUAGUUUAAGGUUUAGACUCCUUUCUAUUAAAAGUGUUCUUCUUGGAGAAAUAUAGCGUGUUCAUUGCGGUUAGUUUUUUCCGUCUUAUCUGGGCCCAAUUGUUCGAAGGCCGAUUACCCCUUAACCAGGGUUAAAUUUAACCCAGGUUUCUCUUUUUUGUGUUCAAAAGCAUUUUCUCGGAUAAUUUUCUCUGUUGUAUUUAGAGUUUUCAAUCAUCAACUUGUAGACAAAAAGAAUUAAAACUGAAAUGCUUAUUAAGCUUUCAAAUCUGAAUUGAAAUCUCGCACUAACCCUGGGUUAUCUUAACCCGUAUCUGAACAACUCGGCCCCAUUAGCCUGCGUAGCUGGAGGGAUUAGCGUGGGAGCCCUGUAUUGUUUUGGCGGCAGAGCCGCGAGAAGAGUGGGUACAACUUAAUUUGAAAUCCUGCCUGCCACAAUUCUUGGGUAUUUUGAAUAGUCGGCAACCAGGCGUGCGGAUGUUUCUAAUUGGCUGAGAAGGAUAAAAAACCAAAUGAUAACUGAUAUCUCUUCUAUCUCCUAAGGGAAAUUAAAGUUAGUGCGUUCACGUUUAAAUAAAAUAACAUUGAGCAAGUUAACAGGCUCCACUCCACAAGAUUUGCGCUUGAAAGAAAUCUUCGAAAGACAUUUUUUGAGGGAAAAAUAUCUCAAAAUUUAAGACAGGUCUUCUGCUAUCCUUUAUCCAGAAUGGGCUGAAACUAAUCUCGUUUUACGACAGGAAAUUGGCUACAUGAAAAAAGCGCAUCGGACAAUAUUGCCUUUUGUCACGCACUGCAAACUCCCUGAUCCAUUCCAGCUCAACAUCAAAAGAGCGCUUUUUCAUUAAAACUGGCGUCUUAGAAAAACGGGUGGAAUAUGCUGUGGAAGAUUCUUCGUUCUGACUGAGCAAAUGUUAUCUUUGCCGAUUGAGAGGUCAUGAGGCCGGUGUGUUUCCUGUGCAUUCCAGCACUGAUUUUCUGUGGUUUUUGUCUCUGACAGAAAUUCUAUGACCUCUUUUGAAACAUAAAGCUUUUUAUUGCGGCUAAAUGACCAAUUAAUAAAGGUUUAAGUUUCUCAGACAACCACGUGAUGUGGUUAAGAUGGACGGCCGUGUGUUUAAGUGCUCCGCGUAACAUUUCGUAAAUGUCUGAUGUUUAAGUGUUCCUUCUGCUUUUUUCUAUUUGUUUUGUUAUCUUGUUUCGUGUGUCAUAUUAUGCCUGAGUCUACUGCCAACGUAAAGAGAGGAAAUAACGAUCUCAAAUCUAAAGUUUCAACGUUAACGGAGGAGAUUUCAAGACUAAAAGAUUUAUUUCAACAACAAAGCAGUAGUGCCGCCCCUUCUGCUAAAGAAAAAUCUCACAGCCUUGAAUUCCUAAGCAAGGAAUAUGAUGACUUUCUUCUCUUCGAAACCACUGCUAACAAAGAGCUGCAACGACUAAGUUCACAACUCUCAGAGGUCAAGGCCAGGAUGGACGCCAUUGCCAACGCCAUCGAUGAAUUCCAAGAAUAUAGCUUUCAAUACAAUGUUAAAAUUGUCGGUGUUCCCGAGGUGUGCUCUGAUGAAGCGGCUUCAACAACAAGUAAGCUUUGUGUAAAAUUGUUUAAAGAAAUGGGAGAGAAUAUAUCAGUCCAAGAUAUUGACACUGCCCAUCGUGUCCCGCAAAGAAACAACGCCGGAAAUCCAAAGCCUAUAGUCUGCGGAUUCGUUAGACGGCUAGUUAAGGAAUCUCUAAUGUCUCAUCGGAAAGAAAUUAGCGAUGUAACCCCAGCUGCGGUUGGUCUAUCAGAAGGGUCUUCAUUGUCUUCGGCCAGAAUUUACGAUCAUCUUUCACCAAGAAUGCAAGCAGUCCUAUUCCAGGCUAAAAAAGUUAAAGAAGAGCUCCACUAUCAAUAUUGCUGGUCAAAGGGUCCCGUUAUUUGUUUACGAAAAGACUCCACAUCGCGGAUAAUCAAGCUCAAGAGCAUGGCCGACCUCGACGAACUUAAGCGUAAAUUGGCCAUUGAAGGUUAGAUUUUACUAAAAAUGUCUAUUGUACACGAUAAAAAAUGACUUCUCACGAAACAAAGAAACAGUGCGCGAUCGAAAAUAAGACAUCUCGCGCAAUUACCUUAUUAUAACUGUAAAGUCCUGACUUCUGCCCACCUACAGUUUAAUAGUUUAAUUGAUGAUAAUCGACCUUCUACAAAAUUGCUAGAUUCUCUCAGUAGUCUCUACGACCUUAGUGUAUUCCAGCUAAACUCUCUUGAUAAACAUAUUGAUCCUGAUAUAAAUCUCACCUCAAACAAAAUACGCUCAAAAUAUUAUUCCCCCACAGCUUUGCGCAGUUUAUUGACAGCAAACAGUUGCAAUCAAAAAUCUCCUUUUUACAUACAAAUAUACGUGGCUUAAAGAAAAAUUUUGAAGAAUUUCAACAUCAUGUCUUAAGUGAAAUGAAUUUCCGUUUUACUAUUAUUGGUGUAACAGAAACUCGUAUAUGCGAUCGUGAAUGUAGUUUUAAUAUUGUACCAGAAUUACCAGGAUACUGUUUUGAAUCGGUCCCGACACCUUUAUCUACCGGUGUUGUUGGCCUGUUCAUUGAUCAAAAUUGUAAAUACCGCGUCCUUGAACGAGUCUCCAAUUCUUGCUAUCAAGCCCUAUAGAUUGAACUUCAUCUGCCUAACAAUAAGAAAUCUGUAUGUGGUGUUACUAAUAGGCAACACAAUAACGCUAAUGAGUUUCUAGAAUACUUGACAGAUUUUCUUGAACGCCAAUGCCGUCAAAAUCAAAAUAUUUAUCUCAUGGGAGACUUCAACAUAGAUCUGUUAAAAUAUCAAACUUGUAGUUACACACAAACCUUGCUGCAAACAAUGCAAAGUUUUUCAAUGUUCCCAGUGGUUGAUAAGCCUACUAGAGUCUAUGGACGAAGAUGACACUCUGCCCGAAAACUACCGACCUAUUUCUCUGCUCUCGAUUUAUAACAGGAUUUUUGAAAAACUUAUGUACUGCAGAGUUACCAAGUUUGUCAAAGGUUGCAACAUUCUCUAUGAUCAGCAAUACGGUUUUCGCAGUAAACACAGUACUCAGCAUGCUAUACUUGAUAUUGUUAACACAAUUCUCCAAAAUAUGGACAACGGUGAAUUUUCGUGCGGUGUUUUCAUCGAUCUCAAGAAGGCUUUUGAUAUUGUUAACCAUGAGAUUUUGUUAGCUAAACUUGAAAAUUAUGGUAUUAGAGGUGUAAUCAACUCCUGGUUCAGAUCAUACCUGACUGAUGGGAAGCAAACUGCGGAAGUUAAUAAUGUUGUGUCUGAGGCUGAGACGACCUUGUGCGGCGUGCCACAAGGCUCAGUCCUCGGACCACUAUUUUUCCUACUGUACAUCAAUGAUAUUUACAAGUCCUCUUCGUUAUUUGCCUUUUAUCUAUUUGCUGACGAUACUAGUAUAAUACUUACAAAUAACAACCUAAAGGAACUCGCGAUCGAAACACUUGUUAAUCCCGAGCUUGGCAAAGUCAACGAAUGGCUAAAGGCCAACAAACUGUCUUUGAACACAAAAAAAUCAAAGUUUGUAAUCUUUCGUCCCCGGCAAAAGAAUAUGCCCCUCAUACCUAGGAUUAGAAUUCUUGACUCCGUGACUAAUACCUACGCAAACCUUGAAAUGAAAGAUUAUGUAAAAUAUCUUGGCUUAAUGAUUGAUUCAAAUCUUUCAUGGAAAUACCACAUCGAAUCUGUCUGUCACAAAAUCAGCAAGUCGAUAGGAAUUAUCAGGGGCACCCAACGGCAAUUUUCAGGAAAAUAUCUGUUCGGAAGACGAUUUGAGAUCUAGAAUUUUUGGAGCAUUUGUUGUAAAAUUUCUUGCUUGCCUGCCUCUCCUAGGAUUUUCGAACAUAUACAAAAUGGUAUAAUUACCCAUUUUUAACGUAUUUUGACCCUAAAAAAGGCCACCUAGAAUUUUCGGGAGCCUUUUCCUGGCUGAAAUUUUCGAGAAGGUAACUUUUUAUCCCUAUAAUUUUCGGAUCACUAGACUUUCAGCUAGGAAAUCCGAACAGAUGAAAAGUUUUUAGGGGAUAAAAAUAUGCCUAUAUCUACCGUUUGAAUACUAAAAUACGUUCAACAAUGCUAUGUUAAGUGGUUUUGAACUAUAUCCUCGUUGGGUGCCCCUGAAUUAUAGCUAAGAUUCGACAUUAUGUCCCGCGUCGUGUUUUACUUUGAGUUUACAACUCAUUAAUUGUCCCUUACUUGACUUAUGGUAUUUGUGGUUGGGGAAACUGUGCCUUGACAUUUCAAAGAAAAAUCGUAACUCUACAAAAACGGCCCUUACGUCUCAUUUACUUCAGUAAGUCUAAGGAACAUGUACGCCGUACCCUUCUUUCUCAAAUCAUAUUGCCUUCCCCUGCCUAGCCUAUUUUUCAGAGAUUGUAGCUAUUUAUUGUAUGAUAUCAACAGACAGACAGCACCAGUUAGUAUACUCAAUCAGUUCGUUAAAACAAGUCAGAUUCAUAACUGCAGAACAAGAUCAGACUCUAGCGACUCGUUUUAUGUUAAGUUCUCUAGAACCGAUAAAAUGUAUGCCUUUUUCACGAGAAUCGGUGUCCAAAUUUGGAACUCUAUUCCUUAUUCGAUUAAAAUACUUAAACGUUCGUCUUUUCGUAAAAAAUUAUAGGAAUCAUUACUAAAUUUCUUGCGGUCAGAAGAUGAUUAUUAAGUUAUUUAACACUUUAGGUUAGCCUCUCUUCGUAAUCGUUAUGUACUUGCCCUGUUUUAUGUUAGUUUAAAUUCUAUUUACUGUAUAGUAGUGUCUUCACUGUUAUUUAGUCCAUCUAUAUAAUAAAUCUUGUUUUGUAAUAUGUCUUCAACUCCCCCCACCUCGAUUAGUUCAUAAGCUAUAUGCGGGUGGGAAAGUAAUGUAAUUAGUUAUUUUCCAAUUUUCAAUAAAAUUUGUUGUUGUUGUUGUUGUCAGGUUUGGAGUAACUGCAGAAUACCUACACUUUCAAAUGGUCCUUCCUUCGAUUUAAUACGGCGCUUGCCCGCUUCGCGGCCUAAAAAGCUCGCUUCGCUCCCUGAGAAACUCGUGAGGUCGACUUGUAGCGAAUCUACAGAAUAUCCUGCCUGGAUCCUGAACAACUUGCAAUGAUUGUCACGCUUGGCCUGGCUCGUCUGCAGGUCAUUUUCGUAUUAAAUCACUUUUCCCGAUUGGGUAAUCAAAUGUUUCCAAUCUUGCUGACAAAAGUGGGCGUCAUUCUAAACUCAUAAGAAAUGUGGCAGGCGGAGUUUUCCCUAGCGGCUUCACCGCUCGCUUCGCGUGGCGGCCCCGUCGCCAGUAAAGUACCCCGUGAAGAAGAAUCCCGCCAGCUACCCAGGCUACUGGACCAUUACCUAAUAUGACCGCAUUUUUAUCACCACAGAGAGCAUUAUGGGUAUACUACCACCCUUAAACACUCGGAAAACCCUUUUUCGCGGGCAGACGCUAAAGGUGUUCACGUGACCUGGAUGUUAGCAUCUUUUACGAAGUUUCUUAAUCUUGUGUCCUUCACCGGACCCGUCCCCCCUAAGAUUGUGCAAAGAGAUGACAGUGUCACUUUCAAGGUAAGCUCUAAUUAAUGUGUCGUUAGCUUGAACCCCUCCUUCGGAAAAGCUCGUUAAUUUUGUCUAGCUUUAUCUUAAUCCAUGAAACAGAAUAAAGAUGAUGUGAACUGCGGGAAUACAAAUCUAAAUGAUUAUAUGACCAUCACAAUCCAAACGUGAUUUUCGCAGUUCACAUCAUCUUCAUUCCAUUCCAUGUUUAAUUAAUUCCUUUCACUGGGUCUCAUUCCAGCUGCAUUCUGGCUGCAGCGCUAUCGCAGAAGUCAGGGUUCGAAGCCUGAAUCUUUUCAGGCCUCCCCAACUGCAUAAGUUGAAUCUCUAAUUGCGAUGAUCUUUGCAUUUAUUUCUUCAUUUCGCAGUUUUCAAUAUAAGAAAUUCAUAAUAACUGGUGCUAAAUGUAAAAGGGUGCCAAUGUAAUACGAAAUUGGUGCCAAAUGUCAUGAUAAGGGUGGCUACACUGAAAUAAGGAAUGAGUCACAAGGGUCACGUGAUUAUGUAAUAUGGGUGGGGAUGGGUCACAAGUGUAAUAAGGGUGGCAGUUGUAUUAAGGGAUGAGUUACAAAGAUCAUAAGUAGUUGGUCGCACUCGUAAAUAUUGGUGUAAUGCAUGUCAAGGGCUUCAGUCAUUUAAAUAACACAAAAUGGGGCAAAAAUUAAUUGUAACUAAGAUGAUGGGUGUUAUGUCCAUCAAGGUGUAAAUUUCCUAAGGGAAUACUAAAUUGCCACGAGUACUGUUUCUUGAGUAAGAAAGGUGCUUUAAACGUUUGCCAUUCGUGACCACAAUAAUAUUCAAUACCAUCAUAUUUGUAAAAUCAAGCCACAUUGAUCAUAAACUUCAGCUUUCUUUGUUACAUAGUGGAAAGUUGUCCUUGUAUUUUAAGCUUGACAAGUUGGACUGGGGCGCUGUGUUCUCUUUCUCCUUCAAAGUGGAGUUUGAUCCAGAAAGAAGUUUGAAGCCUGCUAACUACAGCAUUGUCACGCCUGUUCAGCUACUUUACUAUGACGAAUACAGCGAAGACGAGGCCGGGGUGGUAGUAAGCAAAGGACAAUACUACAGUCACCCGCUGGAUAAAGUUGCUUUUAAUAUCGAACUUCCAGGUUAGUGGUUUGUACAAUAGGCCAAUUUACAAUUGUAUGCUGAGCAACCUAGCCCUUGAGUAGAAGCGAGGCUGGCGGUACUUUCUUUUGAUAGAAACUUAAGCGACACUCAUAUUAUAUGUACAGAAGAAAAUGAUUUACAUUUGGAAAGUAGCGAGGUUGCUUUCAAAAAAGGGCAUUUCCAGCCUCAUUUCCACUCAAGGCGAGGAUAUUCAGUAUACAACUGCAAAAGGGCCUAUUUUGUACAUGGAAUUUGUCUGGGAACUAAGGGCGUAAGUAGCCGACUAGGGAAAUAACUACUGGAUGGCAACAAGGCACACUCUGCUAUAAUGAACUGAGUAUUAAGCCAUAUCAGUGCUCAAUGGCUAUCGUAAUUAAACCAGAGAGUCAAAAAGGGCGGGUUAACUUACUUUCCAAAACGGACACAAUUACAAAAUGAAACGAGAACAUAGUUUGCCCUUAUUAAGAGAGGCUUCCCCCUUAUAGAGACAAGGAAAUAAAUGGAGGGGCAAUGAUAUAUUUUUGUGUUAGUUCUAGUGAAGGGUCCAUUUUAUCGAGCAGCUGUUGAGUGGUGAUUAUAAAUAAAUAAAUAAAGUGUCUUUAUUGUUCAAAAGAUAAAUUUACAUAUCUUAUGUUACAUUUAAAUAUAACAAUGUUAAUGGCUAAAGUAUGUCUCUAAAUAAGAUUAGAAUAUACAUAGAAACAAAUACAAAAAUCGAAUAUAGAAAGUACACUGUUUACAAAGCUACAUUAUACUUAAAGACAAUUCUAUUAAAGAAUGUAUUCUUGAAACGGUCCGUAUGAAUGGCGGGCAUUGCGGGGGAUUUAUUCCUUAAGUUGUAUCUUGUAAUCUUAGUCUCAGGGAAAUUAGCUCUAAGAGGGUGGUUCGGGAUACUAGAAACCUUCCUACAAAUUCUAUGAUCUUGCACUUUAAGUAAUUCACCUAUCUCUAAUUUCUUGGAUAUGUAUCUACGUUUAAAACAUCGAUCUAAAAACUGCUAGGCUAUAGUUAGCUCUGAUUCAGAGGCCCCAUACACAGAUAAAGCAUAAGUAAUAUUAGGUAGAACUAUGGAAGAGAAUAAAUGGUCUACUUCUGCUUGGCUACAUCCCUCUUUUCGGAGGCAUCUGAUAACAUACAAGCAUUUAUUAGCUUUACAUAACUUGUAGCAUGUGGAGGAUCGCCAGUAAGAAUUUUCAUUGCCAUCACCCCUACCAAUCUGUUCAAUCCUGUAAUCUAUACCUUUUCUAAACAGAAGACCAGAGCUUGAUGGUCGCAUAGGAAAAGUAUCAUGAUCUCAUCAGCGGCCACAUGGCAAAAUGUAGAUAGCUUGACUGUGGAUUUUUAUUUAGCAAAGUGCUUCUUCCUGCACUGAUUGGAAGGAUUGACAGAUUUCCUUACCCUUUUAUGUACUUCAACAAUGUGAACUCCCUACCCUUUCAUACACCUGAAGCCUAAAAAAGGUACUUCUUUCGGGUGGAGCCUCCCAGUAUAAGGCAACAACA